AUGCUGCAGAUCUUCAAGGAGCUCGACCUCGCGGUCCCCGCCGACGUUUCCGUCAGCAUUUCGUCGCGUGUCUUCACCGUCAAGGGCCCCCGCGGCUCCCUCACCAAGGGCCAGAGCCAAAAGACACAGCAGGCCCUACUCGGCGAAGCAACAUCGCUCAAGCACAUGAACCUUGAUGCCCGUAUCAUCAAGAGCCCCGCCGGCCAGAAGAUCAAGUUCAUCGUGUGGCACGCCGCCCGCAAGCACGCCGCUUGCCUGCGUACCGCUCAGGCAUGCGUUGCCAACAUGAUCAAGGGUGUCACCGUCGGCUUCCAGUACAAGAUGCGCGCCGUCUACGCCCAUUUCCCCAUCAACAUCAUCAUUGCUGGUGACAAGAAGUCGGCCGAGAUCCGCAACUUCCUGGGCGAGAAGCGUGUCCGCAACAUCCAGAUGCUCGAGGGCGUUACCAUCCAGGAGGACAAGGCGCAGAAGGACCAGGUCCUCGUCGAGGGCAACGACAUUGACCUCGUUUCGCAGUCGGCCGCUCUCCUCCACGGUGCCACGCUCGUGCGCAACAAGGAUAUCCGAAAGUUCCUCGACGGUAUCUACUGCACCGGCAAGGCCAGCGUCGUCAAGGCCGAGGCCUAA